CGCGAAAGUCCCGCGAAAGUGCAACUGGAGAUGUCCCAGUGCUUCGCUUUGGUCGAGCGUCACGGGCGCGGUGCGGUGUAUCUGGGCAGCGCUCGCGUGCCCGAGACGCACUCGCACUACGCACGCACGCGUGAACUCGCGAAGGACAUCGCGACGUUACUAGACUGCACGACGUGGUCCGGUUUAGGUCCCGGGCUCAUGGACGCGGCGACGCGCGGCGCCCUCGACGCCGAACGCGCCGCCGCGGGAUUCAUGAUCCUCCUCGAAGCGGGCGGCGCGAGACAAGAGACUCGAGAGCAUCCAUAUUUACCGCGCGAGUGUUACCUGAACACGAGCUUCUUCAGCGCGCGUAAGCACGGAUUGGUGGACGCCGGCGUGCGCUCCGCGCUCGAAGAAAAGACGUGCUUCGUCGCGUUACCGGGCGGCGUCGGUACCCUGGACGAAAUCUUCGAAAUCUUAGCGCUUCUACAGCUCAAACGCAUCGGCACAAGUCAUCCCGUGCCGUUCAUCGUCAUGAAUUACGAUGGAUGUUACGACGGGUUGUUGGAAUUUUUAAGGCGCGACAUGGUCGGAUACGGCGCGCUCGCCGAGAACGAGCUCGCCCCGCAUUGGAUCGCGUGCGACACGAACGAGCAAGCCUUAGCCCACCUUCGCGAUUUCUACUCAAUUUAG